CAAAGCACUUCGAUUGCUGCAGCUGUGCCGACGGUUGGUUGAGCUUAUGGAAAUUGUUCGCUUGUCAUUUCAGUACGAUUUGGACGGUUAAGCGUAACGCAAGUGUAGCUGUGGUCUCGCCGUUGAUGUCGGAAUAUUAAAAAAUUUAAUCGAGUUUCAAAAGCGAGUGCGGUUUGAAAACAAUUUUUCGUUAAAUACACACACACACACACUCAAGUGUCAAGGUUUUGUUUUUUCGCAAAAAAGAAAAAACUUUCAAAAAGUUGCUUAAGAAAACAUUUAAUUUCACUGACCGAAACCAGAAUCUAGCUUAAACAACCGAAAAGAGCUAACCAAUAAAAUAUUCGAUUAAACCAAAAAUUUACCUGCAGUAUUUUUGGAUACAAAACUUAGUGAAUGCUGUGCUUUUGUUUUUUUUUUGCGAAAUUUUACGAAAUUUUUCCACCGAAAAAUUUGUGGCUGACAUCCGCUAAAUUUUAACAACGAGCAACGGUUACAGGUGCUAACACAAAAUAUUACAAAACCGCAAAAAAAAAGAACAACGCGUGUAUUACUACGCUACCUGAGAGCAUAUUUAGUUACCGCUGGUUUAACUAAGCAUAUAAACAAGUUUGUGUCCGCAGUCUUUUGUGUGUGAAGCCUGAAAUUUCUAUUGCUCGACUACAUACAGAGCGUUCAAUACACUUCUGCAGAGAACCGCUGUGCUAACUUUUAGAGAAAAAAAUAAAAAUAAAAAUUUAAACGUUUUGGUGAAUUUUUUUUUUCUAUAGUUUUGGCAUCAAUAAAAACCAUAGAAGAACCUGCGCAGCUAAGCUGAUUACAUAAAGCAAGUAAGCGGCAGUUUGACUGGAUGCCGAAGACUUUGUGCGGAUUUUUUAGAAACAGCUAAUAUUUUCGCGUACGCACAGCCUAAAUUAUAUAACAUAAAAAUACAAGAGAAAAACGCCAGCGAUCCGGUCAUGACCACAAAUAAUGAUGGCGGAACAGCAGCACAAUGGAAUCGGAGCUCACAGGCUGCCGUGUCGGUGCGACAUGCCUUCAAAGCGUACGGCAAGAAGAAGAAUGCCAAUCAGGUGUUGAAUAAUUUAAAUAUGACCGUACCAAAGGGCACAAUCUAUGGCCUCCUCGGCGCCUCUGGUUGUGGCAAAACUACCUUACUCUCGUGCAUUGUGGGACGACGACGUCUUGACUCUGGUGAAAUUUUCGUGCUCGGCGGCAAACCGGGAACACGUGGCUCAGGCGUGCCGGGCAAGCGUGUCGGCUACAUGCCACAGGAGAUCGCCUUAUAUGGCGAAUUCUCCAUACGUGAAACAAUGAUGUAUUUCGGUUGGAUAUUCGGUAUGGGCACCAAGGAGAUUAUCGAGCGGCUGCAGUUCCUGUUGAAUUUCCUUGAUCUGCCUUCUGAGAAACGUUUGGUGAAGAAUUUGAGUGGUGGCCAACAGCGACGUGUCUCCUUUGCCGUGGCCUUGAUGCAUGAUCCAGAAUUGUUGAUUCUGGACGAGCCAACCGUCGGUGUAGAUCCUUUAUUGCGGCAAAGUAUUUGGAGUCAUUUGGUGCAUAUCACAAAGGCUGGACAAAAGACAGUCAUCAUAACGACACAUUACAUUGAGGAAGCGCGUCAGGCGCAUACGAUUGGUCUUAUGCGUUCCGGUCAUUUGCUGGCGGAGGAGUCUCCAAGCGUUUUACUGUCAAUGUACAAAUGUAUUAGUCUGGAAGAGGUGUUCCUAAAGCUGUCGCGCAUGCAGAGCCAAAAAGGAGAAAUAUCCAAUGUAAACUUUAGUAAUAAUAUUUCAUUACACGCCAUGGCAUUCGGCAGUAAAAUGGAUAAGCCCGGCUCGAGUCAAGAAGGAGGUGUGGUCGGAUUGAAUUUCCAUCAGAGCAAAGAAGUGCUGAUUAGCGAAACAAAUGGAUCGGUCUUUACGUUGAAUCAAGAACCCUAUGACCCGCCGCCGCCCAUGAAACGCAACACUCCCAAAGAUGAAGAAAGCUGCCAGGAUUGCUAUGCGAAUCUAUGCAAGGUCACAACUAAAGGCAAAAUGAAAGCACUGCUAACCAAAAAUUUCCUGCGCAUGUGGCGUAAUGUUGGCGUAAUGCUGUUCAUUUUUGCGUUGCCCGUAAUGCAGGUGAUACUCUUCUGUUUGGCAAUUGGACGAGAUCCGACUGGUUUGAACUUGGCGAUCGUUAACAGUGAAAUGAACAAUACAAAUAUCUGCUAUUGGGAGGAUUCUUGCCAUUUCACGAAUCUCGGUUGUCGUUAUUUGAGCCAUCUGAACGACACUAUGGACAAAACGUACUACACGAAACUGGAGGAAGCUAAAGAUGCGGUGCGUGUAGGCAAAGCUUGGGGUGUGCUCUACAUAACGGAGAACUUUACGGAUGCAUUUGUGGCACGCGUAGCCUUGGGACGUGACGCUGACGAUGAGACCAUUGAGCAGUCGGAAAUUAAAGUGUGGCUGGAUAUGUCCAAUCAGCAAAUCGGAGUUAUGCUGAAUCGUGACAUACAACUGGCCUAUCGGGACUUUGCCAUGACGUUGCUGGAGCAAUGUGGCAAUAAUCCCAAACUUGGUGAUGUGCCUAUUCAAUUUAGAGAACCCAUUUAUGGCACAAUGAAUCCGUCGUUUACAGAUUUUGUUGCACCUGGUGUGAUAUUGACCAUUGUGUUCUUCUUGGCUGUUGCAUUGACGUCAUCCGCAUUGAUCAUCGAACGCACUGAGGGCAUGCUCGAUCGCUCAUGGGUCGCUGGCGUUACACCCGGAGAGAUUCUCUUCUCGCACGUCAUCACACAAUUUGUGGUCAUGUGUGGACAAACAACGCUCGUACUCAUCUUUAUGCUGGUCGUUUUUGGUGUCACAAAUAAUGGCGAACUCUUCUGGGUGAUUGUAUUGACGCUGCUGCAGGGUUUGUGCGGCAUGUGCUUUGGAUUCCUCAUCUCAUCGGUCUGUGAGCUGGAACGUAACGCCAUACAGCUGGCGUUGGGUUCAUUCUAUCCCACGCUGCUGUUAUCCGGUGUUAUUUGGCCCAUUGAGGGAAUGCCCAUUGUGCUGCGAUACAUUUCGCUUUGCCUGCCACUGACACUCGCUACCACUUCGCUGCGCUCGAUAUUGACGCGCGGUUGGGCCAUCACGGAGAAGGCUGUGUACUCGGGCUUCCUGAGUACGCUGGCGUGGAUCCUUGGCUUUCUGAUACUGACGCUGUUGGUGCUGCGAGCGAAGCGUGGAUAAUAUAAUUUGCAACAGUGGCGGCCAAGGGCACGGCUGCAAAUCGGGACAACAAAUUAAUUAAAUUUUUACUCUUGAGUUUUUUUUUUUUAUAAAUCAUCGAUACUAGAAAUUGAGAAAUUGUACAUGUAAAUUAAAAUUUGUACUUAAUAUGCAAAGUAAGCGAACUGGGUUGAUUCGAACUCAGCUGUAUAUAGUAUAUGUAUGACUUAUAUAUAGCUUGCGCUUAAGACCUUAUUCAUAUUUGUACAUAUGUAUGUAGGCAUGUACAUACGACCAAUGUCGAUUAAAGCUGAAUUGUAGUUGUUGUAGAGAGUAUAUACUAUAUACAUAUAUACAUAAAUACAAAAGAAAACACAACAAAUACAAGUGUAUAAGGUGUCUUAUCCUAAUUUUAGCAUUAAUUCAUAUUUAAUAGAUUAUCUAGUUUAUUUUACAUUCCCAUGCACGCACCGUUCUAUUUUAUCAGCUUUCUGCUCAACAAAAAUAUCUAGUUUUUACUUUAAACUUUACACCUUAAUAAAUUUAAAUCUUAUCUAUGUCGCUUGAGGGAGUUAUGUAAACAAAAAUUUUA